GGCCUCGCUGUGGCCACCAUUUUGGAGGCGAGUGUGUAGCUUUGGAGGAAGUGCUCUGAGAGCGGCGCUUGAGCUCUUCCUGCAGUUAGGGAUGAAUGCAUCAACGCGAGAGAAGAAAAUGGCGAUCGAGCAGGACAAAUGUUUCCCCUCUUAGACUCUGCAAUUGUGUUGAAUUUCUAUAGCCUUAUCAUUUGCUUUCAUUUCAUCUCUGCUGCACUUUAAACUACAAGAGAGAAUUGGAUGCUAUUGCCACCAAAGACAUUGAAGAGAAGCAACACAGGUGAGGAAAUCAUUCGAAACACGGAUGGAGAGUGGAUGGAGGAAAGUUUAGAGCUCAUUGGAAUGACGAUAAGGAAGAAGGGGCUGGUAUAAAGUGCCAGAACAUAUCAAGUCCAGUUUCAGCCAGCCUCAGUCUGCCAAUUAGAACAGCAGAACCCCCACUGUAACCUGCGCCAUCAGCAAUGCCAAGAGGGCCCCAGCCAGCGGCCAGCCCCAAGCCCUGCCUCGGUACCCGCUCUGUGAAGUUUCGCCGCGUCUCUGUCAGCACAAACAGAAACAGCUGUUGAAGUGUGGGCAAUCUCUUACGUUCCUCGCUGCCACCCUGGGAACUCAAGUGCAGCUCAACUCUAGCCAGCCAGGAGAGCUUACGACUGAGAGGUCUGUCCUACACUGCGCCCAAAGCCACCUCUCAGGCAUGGCUCCCAUUCGGGAUUCCGUCAGCCACUCCCCUAACCAAACAGGUUUGGAACAUGCUGGUCUGGAGCCUCAGUAUGAAAAUUCACCAUGGAGCUCUGGCUCACCUUGCAGCGACUCAAACAGCAACUGGGGAAAAGUUAUUGUAGAUAAGGGAACCUGGCCCUCCAUCACUGGUAGUGACCCAGAAUUAGCCUCAGAAUGUAUGGAUGCUGACUCUGCCUCCAGCUCUGGGUCAGAAAAAAAUCUUAGUAUGAUGGCCUCUGGGAGCACUGGUGGUGACAACAAUGGCAACCGACAAGGUUCUCAUUUCAUGGUUGCAAAUGGCAGCAAUAAUGUGGGUAAUGGGAGUGUUAAGGGGCCUUGGAGUGUAUCCAAUGGCUCGAUGCUAAGCACAUGUCAAGGCUCUGGCGAGGGCCCCAGCAGCAAGCUGGCAGAAAGCAGCCAUGGCAAAAUAAAUGCCUGGGGUACCCAAGGUUCCUCAACCAAUUUAGGUAUAAAUCCAAGCACUUUGAACCCAAAUGCCAACCAUGGUGCCUGGCCCGUUCUUCAGAACACUGGGCCCAAUCCCCAUGGGCCUGUGGGGAACGGAAAUGGUGGCACCAACACUCAACAAAGCACCAUAGGUCAAACACCCAGCAUGCAGAGUAUCAACUCUAAGAUGUCCUGGGGAUGCCUGCAGGAAAAUAUGUCUGAAGCUGAAGUCAAUGGUACAAACAAGGUUUCAAGUGGGCAGCCUCAAAAUCUUAACACUGAAUUUAAUGGACCAAAUAACACUACUAACAUGAUGACCUCUAGUUUACCAAACUCUACAGGUUCAAUGCAGAUGAAUGAACAGCCCCCAGGGCACCGAGCUUGGCCUAUGAGUACAGGGGGCUCCCCUCAGCUCCCUAUAUCUCCAGUCUCUAAUGGCACUUCCAUUUCUCAACAAGGCAACAGUGAGGGAAUUAACAGCGGGUCUUAUGGUACAGCAUGGGGCAUUCCGCCCAGCACUAAUUACUCUGGAGACAAAUGUCCCAACCCUAAAGGCCAAGCUGUGGGCGACACUGUGAAUGCAACUCUAAUGCAGUCUGGAGCCAAUGGCUCCUCUGUGAGUGCUGCUUCUUUAAAGAAUAAUAAUAAUAACGGGAUGGGCAGUUGUGGAGGAGGUUGGGACUCAGCGCCCGCUACCUCACAAAGUAUUUCUUGGGGAGCAGGCAAUGGUGUAGGCCCAGCUGGGAUCCCUCGCCCCUGGGGGAGUGCCUCCUCCUCAUCUUCUUCUUCCUCAUCCUCUUCAAACACUGGCACUAAGGUCUCAAACGGGGAGUGGAACACUUUGCCCAGUAACAGUCAGCAUUCCAAUGAUAGCACGAAUGGGAGUAGGAAGGGAACAAAUGGAUGGAAGUCCUUGGAGGAUGAUGCUCUUGGUAUAGGGAGCUCUGGUCAAGCAUCACAAGGCAGCACAUGGAACAAAUCUACAGGCAGUGAAGGAAGUGGAGAGAGCUCAGGAGGUCGCAGUGAGAGGGAUGGGCAAUGUGGUGGUCACAGAAGGCGAGGUAAUCAGCAGGGCAUGAUCAAUGCAGCUCUCUCUAGAAUUGACGUGGACCCCAGAGUGCUGUCCAACACGGGAUGGGGACAAACUCCAGUCCAACAGAACACUGGGUGGGAUGUUUCAAGCUCUGAUAAAAAGACUGGAAAUGGACAGACAGGAUGGGGUAGCGCUCCCCCUCAGGCGUCUAUCUCAGGUGGUUGGGGAAAUGGACCCAGCACCAACAAAAGUAGCAAUUCUUCAGUGUCUGGGUGGAUGGAACCGAAACCUUCAGCUGGCUGGGAAGAAACCAAAGGCUCAGUUGGGCAAAGUGGAUGGGAGGAUGCCCCUUCUGUUACAAUGAACAAGGGUGGUUCCUGGAAUGGCACCAAGGAUGAAAAGUCCUCCUCUUGGAAUAAUCCACCGAAGACAAAGCAAGGAUGGGGUGGAGAAGGCCUGAAGGGCAACCAUUGGGGAGAGCCCCAUAAGUCUGGUUCAGGUGGCUGGGACAGUGACAGCGACCGCUCUGGAUCGGGCUGGAGUGAGCCUGGGCGGUGUGGGACAAGCAACACCUGGGGAGGCAGCGGAGGCACCAACACUCAUGACCAGAGUGGUCCAACCACAGGAUGGGGAGAGCCACGCAAGACCAACAAUCAAAACCAAACCUGGGGUGAGCCAAUCAAAUCAAGCCACUCCAACCCCACCUGGGGCGACAAUACAAAACCGAACAACUCUUCAGAGUGGGGCAAGUCCCAAGAUUCCAGCAUGGGAACAUUCAGGAGUGGGAGCAACUCUCAGACUGGAGCCCCUGGUCAAAACAAGCCUACAGGAUGGCUGGGAGGCCCAAUGCCUACUGCCUCCAAAGAAGAAGAAUCCACUGGAUGGGAAGAUCCAUCACCUGAAUCCAUCAGGCGUAGAAUGGAAAUUGAUGAUGGUACUUCAGCAUGGGGAGAUCCCAACAAAUAUAACUGCAGCAACGUAAAUAUGUGGAAGAAGAACAAUGAUGGAGAGCAUGAUGGCAUGGCUGUUUCUCAGCCCCCUCAAGCCCAAAGCGCCAUGGCUCCAAAAGAAAAUAACUGCAGCUCAGGGUGGGGAGAGCCAUAUGUUGGGCCACAAAAAAUGGAGUCCUCUACCUGGGGUGAGCAGGCUGCUCCACCUGUCACUGUGGACAAUGGCACUUCUGCUUGGGGAAAGCCUGUUGAUACAGGUUCCAGCUGGGAAGAGUCUAGGAGGGAAAAUUCAGGAGGCAGUGGCUGGAGCAACGCUACUAUUGGACAGCAGUCACAGCACAAGUCUGGAUCCAAACCUAUGCAAGAUAACUGGGGUGGAGAAGAGAUGUCCAACUGGGAGGAGGAAGGGGAAGUAGAGAUAGGCAUGUGGAACAAUAAUCCAUCACAAGAAGUGAACCAAACUGGAAGCUGGCCCUACAAGAAGAUGACUCCAAAGCUGAACAAAGGACCCAACAAGCAAGAUGAUUCUCCAUGGAUGAAUCAGUUUGUGAAACAGUUCAACAACAUGUACCCUAGGGAUUCCGCUGAAGACUCCCUGAAGAGCAAUAAGAUGGAUAUGUCUGGAGCAAUGACAGACAAGCGCAUUGAUGUUGACAAGCAUGUUCUUAAUUUCGGAGAGUACGUGAAAAAUCCUGCUUCACGCCACCAGAUCCACAAAGACACUACUGUAGACCGUAAUCCCUAUAUGGAUAAGCUUUCACUGCCUGUAUAUGAUAGCUCUGUAGCAGAAGAGUCGCAAAACUCACAGAUCACUUCCAUGCAGAAUAUCAGCUUUUCCCCAACAAAUAGUGCACUGCCAAACCAUUGCAACUUGCCUCACCAUCCAAACUCUGCCUCUGUUAGGCAGAAUGUAAACAUGUAUGGUGUGGGUAAUGCAGCAGCACAAGGCCGGAAUGCCCAGCAGCCUCCAGCACAACCUCUAAACUCCGCUCAGCCCAGUCUACGCAACCAAGUGCCUCCUCCACUACUUCCCUCUCAGGUCCAGUCACCCCUGUUGAAGUACUCUCCCAAUAAUGGAGGUCUGAACCCUCUGUUUGGCCCACAGCAGGUGGCUAUGCUGAACCAGCUGUCCCAGCUCAACCAGCUGUCUCAGCUUUCUCAGAUUAAUCAGUUACAGCGUCUCCUUUUGCAGCAAAAAGCGCAAAGCCAGAGGGCCAUGCCUGUUAACAGCCGCCAGCUACAGGAACAGGGUCGUGGUCUGGGUCCGUCCCAGCAGAUGAUCCAGCCUCCCCGCCAUCUCGAUCCCUCCCUGAUGAAGCAGCAGACUUCCCCUCAGCCACCCUCGCUGCACCAGCCCAGCCUCAAGUCCUAUAUGGAGAACUUCAUGCCCCCCAAUGUCUCCGACCUGCAGAAAGAACAAAGUUCCUUGAGCUCGUUCAGUAAUUUCCCUUUAGGUGGGUGUCCUCCCCAUCUUAAUGUAGGCCAUACUGACUCUUUGUUGCACCAAGCUGCCAAGCCCAACUCGAUGUUUGCCUCUGACAUGUCAGGCUAUCAGCCAGCUGGCAUUAGUCAAAGUCAUAGCCUCCUAGCCCCACCGCUGAGCAAUGGCCACAUGGUGCCAGGCUCUCCCAUCAACCCUCGGGUAGGAAAGAACUUCUGUCCUGACAGCAGCUAUCUGCCAGCAAGAGGUUUGAACUCAAACUUGAAUGUAAGCAACCUCGACAUUGGCAGUGUUGGUUUUAAGGAGCCACAGUCCCGUCUGAAGAAGUGGACUGCCAUGGACAUUUCCGUUAACUCGCCACUUGAUCAAAACCCCAGCAAAUCUGGUGCUAUAACAUCUGGCCUGAGGCUUGAAGACUCACCCUUUGGUCCAUAUGACUUCAUCAAUGCCAGUAACGCUCCCAUCAGUCCUCCUGGCUCUGUGGGAGAUGGCUGGCCCAGUCGUGCCAAAUCACCUCAUGGUUCCACCAAUGUCAACUGGCCUCCAGAGUUCCGUCCUGGUGAGCCCUGGAAAGGAUAUCCAAACAUUGAUCCUGAAACUGACCCAUUUGUCACUCCUGGCAGUGUGAUUAAUAAUCUCUCCAUUAAUACAGUCCGGGAUGUUGAUCACCUCAGGGACAGGAACAAUGGGCCAUCCUCAUCACUUAACACCACGCUGCCUUCAAAUAGUGCCUGGACAUCCAUUCGUGCCUCCAACCACAAUAGUUCCCUCAGCAGUACAGCACAAAGCACUUCAGCCAGAAACAGUGACUCCAAAUGGUCUCCUGGAACAGUCACCAACACCUCUUUGGCUCAUGAGCUGUGGAAGGUUCCUCUCCCCUCAAAAGGUAUCUCUGCUCCGUCCCGCCCCCCGCCUGGCCUGACUGGCCAGAAACAGCCCUCUUCUUGGGACAACAACUCUCUGAGACUGGCAGGCUGGGGUAGCUCUGAAUCCAGAUUCAACUCUGGUUCCAGCUGGGGUGACAGCAGCUCAGGGAGAACUAAUUGGCUUGUUCUCAAAAAUCUCACACCUCAGAUUGAUGGCUCCACCUUGCGAACUCUGUGCAUGCAGCACGGUCCACUGAUCACAUUCCAUCUGAACCUUCCCCAUGGCAACGCUGUCGUCUGCUACAGCUCUAAGGAGGAGGCGGCAAAAGCUCAGAAGUCACUGCACAUGUGUGUUUUAGGGAACACUACUAUUCUUGCAGAGUUUGCCAGUGAAGAGGAAAUUAAUCGUUUCUUUGCACAAGGUCAGUCAAUGACUGCCUCUCCCAGCUGGCAGACGCUGGGCUCUUCUCAGAACCGGAUCGGAUCCAUCGAGGGUUCUCACCCCUUCCCAAACCGCACUGAUCCAAGUCACUGGAACGGCAGCGGAGACCUGCACGGCUCGUCUCUCUGGGGCGUUCCCAAUUACUCCACGAGCCUGUGGGGCAGCCCCAGUGGUGGUGAGGGGGGGAGAAUCAACAGUCCCUCCCCCAUCAGCUCCUUCCUUCCUGUUGACCACCUGACGGGAGGUGGGGAGUCCAUGUAGUGCAUCUUUCACCUUCUGACUUAAAAAGAAAAUGACAAAAAAAAAACAUACAAACCCGUGACCUCAAUGUGGAAAUAGUUAAUCAUAAUCAUAUGACCAUAUAUAUAUAUUAUAUAAGAAAAAAAAAUCAAAUGGCACUAGUUAGACUUUCUUCACUUACAAAAAAAAAAAAAAAAAAAACAAUGCGGGGUCACCCUGUGGAAACAAGUUACGUUUUUUUUUCUGCACAUAUGUCCACUUUGUUUUAGCCCAAAACAUAUCAGUUUGAAUACUUGAAUUAUGCAGGCCAAUUCUAUAAUGUGAAAGGAUGUAUUUACACUUCCAGGUAGUGCUCUUCAUACAGAAAAAAAGCUUCGGUUGAGCUCAUCUGUUUAUUCAUCAUGUUUAUUUGAAUUCCAAUUCUUUUUGUUUUGUUUUUAUUAUUUGCAUUUUGUUUGCUGACAAUGGAGUUUGAGCUUUUUUAACUUUGCACUGAAUGUGGUUUUUCUCAGUAUAAUCUGCAAUAUGGAGGGAGCCGACAGUUCCAGUGUAGUUGUUUACUCAAGGAUGUUCUUAACGUGUGCGCUCUACUAUGCCUUGAUGUAUGCCUACCUUAUUGUAGUAUUGUGGAGUUCGAGAUCAAGAUAUAGAUGCUGAUUUAGGAUUAUUUGAUGAUAUUACAGAAAUAAGUAUUGCACCAAUUUUGUUUUAAAACUAAAGAAUUUAGCUCUGCAGUCUAAAAAACUGUAGCCACAGCUGUGACUUGCAAACCCGACCUGCAAGCCAGGGGGAACAGCACUUUCAAAAUAGGCUUUCAAUAUUGUUUUGGAGGCAUCACAUUGUGCCCUCUUGUUUACAAAACUUUUUGAGGGGGGAAAGUAUGGUCAUUCUUCCUUUUAUUUUAAAUGGAGAAAAAAAAAUGCAUAAAGAAUUAAAAAAAAAAUCUUACAAAAAUUAUAAAAUAAAAAAAAUACAACAAAAAAAAAAUACAAAAAAUAAAAACCUUAAAAAAAAAAAAAAAAAAAAAAUCUUGAGGAUGAAGACGAAGCUUUUAAACUCUGGGAAUACUGAUCAGUGUUUGGCCAUGCCAUUGGUUAUUUUAUCUAUUCCUCUUGUCUGCUAAAUAACCAGCAUGGUUCUCAGGAAAUCUAGCCAGUUUUCCCCCAUAGAAACUCCUUGUAGGAAAAUCCAACUUUUAGCACUGAAACUACUUAUAGCUCUGUAAGUUUUUCUCUGCCAAAUAACUGCUUUAAGCUGGAGACAUUCUACAUACUGCUUUUCGAAUAUGCUGUCUUUUUAUUAAUGAGUGGAUAUGGUUUGCUGAAUCACUAUCUAGUCCACCUUCCCUUUUUCCCACUUGAGUGGCUCAAUGUUUUUCGCUUUGUGACUGUCGAAGUAACUGUCAAAUGUCAUAAGAAAAAGCAGAAAUCUGUAACUAUGCAUACUGUAGCCAAUGACUCGGCCUACAGAAUCGCUUUUUCUUUGUCUGAAGUAAUGUUUUAUAUGUUUCAGUAAUUUGCAUAUACAUUGAGAGAUAUAUACACACAUACACACACACACAUUUUUCUUUCUUUUCUUUCCUCAUCGCCAGAGCUGGUGUUAAAGAAAAUCUUGUUUGUUAUUUUAACAGUGCAAAAGUCGUCCACAUUUCAUUGCCUUGAUUCAAAUUGUGUCCGAAGAUGCAACAAAUCAAGUGGCUUUUAACUGUUUACAAAUAGAAAAUGAUUGUAAUGUGUACAGUUUGGUUGUUAAUCUGAAGUUACUUACAAUAUUAAUAAAUCAAUGUUUUGGCUGCUCAUUACCAUUUUAUUUAGAUUUUUUUUUCUUUUCUUUUUUUUUCCUCUCUCCCCUCCCCCCCCCCCUUCCUCAAAGCUGGUUUGUCAUUGAAAAUGGCUUGCCUCUGUACUUGUGGCCAAGGAAGGCUGGAUUAGAGGUGAAUGUAAUCUAUUGCUGGUAGUUUAAAUAAUGUGCGUAGAUUUACAGACUUUUAUCGUACAAUAUUUUAGGUGCACAAUAUAUGAGACGCUUCAAGAGCGAGAGGGAGAGAGAGAGAUGUCAGCAUUAGGCUAAGCCAUGGACCUUAAUAUGUGUUUAAGCUGUUUGUUUUCUCCAUUUUUGUUUUAUUUGAGAAGUAGAACUUGCGUGCGUGGUGUGUUAACUUAUCCAUAUUUAAUGACUCUUCAUACAAAACCCUGAGUAUUACCCUCACUUUAUGGUUGCGUGCCAGUAUUGAACCAUUUUAAGUGACUGCUUUACCAAAUAUACUUCAAAGGAUUUGUUUACUUAAUUCCAGACCUGACUUAUCUUUGUUUGUUGGACAAAUUUUAAGUGGAACAUUGGAGAGAAAACUACACAACAAAGGCCGAAAAUGAGUUUUUGGAAUUGCACUUGGUGUACAUAAUGAACUAGAAAAGCUUGUACUGUAUUUGUGUUCUGGAGGCAGAGUGUAGCUUUUGGAGACUGGAUGGCAUGGACAGAGGACUUUGCCUUUUGUUUGUCUUUUUAUUCUUCAUGCACAUUGACUAGACUCUUAAAGCGUGCAUUUGUGCCUACGUGCUUGAGUGGUCCGCUCCAUUCCUGCUCAUCAGGAGCCCAAGUAUUCUCCUCUUGUUUAGGGGGCGUGUAACUGCAGGUAUUGCCGAUGGGUUUGCCGUGACUUUGUUUACUCCCUCAAUGUGGAUCGCUCAAUCUUUUGUGCUUUAGUUACAUGUUUGUAUGCGUCCGGGGUAGCGUUAGUCCUUUCUGGCAGUGCUACGCUGAGCUUUACCAAUGGUUCUGAAUGGGUUCUUCCCUGCCAUCUUGGCAAACGUGCUAUUUUACCCGUUCUUCAUGGCUUUUUAUUUUCGGAAGCGUAGGGAAAAGCCAUUGGCACCCAGUUUAUUUCCACUUUUAAAUUUUUUAUUCUUUUUUUGUCCCCCUCCUCUCUUUUCCUCUUAAUUUUUGUUUCAUGUAUGUGCAGCUUUUUGGUGUUGGACAGAACUGUCAUGCUGAGACAUUUUGAUAAUUCACUGUCAUGCCAAAUUAUCAAGCAGGGGGAGGAAAGGGAUUUGUUCUUUUGUAAAAGCUGGACAAUGUAUAUGCUUCAAAUGUCACUUGCAAAUUGGAUGUUUUGAGGAUAUUCAUGAGCAAUGUACAAUCCCCAUUUUUAUAGCCAGGUUGAACGUAGAGGAAAUGAAAAAGUGACUUGGCCUGACAUUCUACUUUUGUACUGAAAAUGUCAUUCUUUUCUGAUUUAUCCUGUGAUCAAAUAUACCCUUGUCUUUUAAAUGGUUCCUACUGUUGAACAGUGUGCUAAGGCAAUUGACUUAAACUGUGAGUAUUGCUGUCACGUCAUUCUAAACCCGAAAAGCUUUAGUAAAACCAGCACAAGAAACGGAUGAACGAGAGUUUAAAUCGUUAACUUCCACCAUGGGGAAAUUCUAAGAGAGUCUAUGCAGUGUAGGGUGAGGCUUCCAUGUCUGUGUCUUCGCUUACUAAAAUCCUGACCGCGGUAGCGGCGGGAUUUAAAAAUACGAUUCCUGUAAUGUGCCAUGAUUGAAAUUUUCUUUAACUUUGUCACAAAAAAUUGGCUAGUUGUAGCAAAUGGAGGGUUGCAUUAACAUUUCCUUUUUCACAGCGCUUCUCACAGAACGGGCUGUGGAAUAGCAAAUUCUCAACUCCAACAUUUCUUCUAGUGGUCUUUGCUCACAUGUAACCUAUAUGCACACUGCUUUGGUAGACUGUUUGAAAAUUAAGAGAAAUAAACAUCAAUAAGAUAACUUAAAUGAGCAGGAAGUUCUUUUCAGCGUCUUCCUGGGUUCAUCUUAGAAUUUUAACUUGGGGAACUGCACUUUUUGAAGGACAAUCCUUAUUUGUAUUGGUAACAAUUGACACAAGGUUUAGUCUAGUAAUACAUGGUAGAUACUCAAAUGUGUAGUGAUGAAUGUUUCCUGUAAUGCUGUUUUUCUUUUCUUUGUUGCUUGGUUUUCAAUUUUAGUACCCUUAAGUGCAUAUGUAACGAGGUAGAGUAGAUUUUAGGUCUUUUGUUGGCUGUACUUGUAGACUGAUAAUAACUGUUUGUAAAGUCCUGAUCUUGAUAUUGGAAUACAAAGCUGUAUAACUUGGGUACAACCCGCAAUAAAGCCUAACAGUGA